AUGAAACCUCUCGUACUAGAGAUCACAGCCGUCAGCAGCUUGAAACGUGUAUCAGACGACAAGGUGCAGUUGAAAACCUCGACUUCUUCGAACAGCUUAUUCCAGAGGAUCGGGAGCCGCCUAAAGACCCCAAGGAGAUGCACCACCUUGAACAAGUUUCAGGCCAGCUUCUCGCCGCAGGUUAUGAAGCUCCAGCUCCGCGAGAAGUCGGGCUGCACUGAUUUCGAGACAACACCCUUGAGUUAUGUCUCGCGAGUCAUAUUCUACUUGUCCAGGGGCUACCUGGUUUCCGGGCAGAAGAUUGAUCUUGACAGGGAUCUGAAGAGUUGGGGCAUGUUCGAGAAGCCAACCUCCAAUGUCAACUUCGUCUCGGCGUUGCGGGAUUGCUAG